AUGAACUCGAUCCUGUCCACCUUCAAGCCCGAUGCUUCGGGAACCCCACCCAAGCAAAUGGACUACAUCCCAUGGCUCACGCUCAACGAUGGCAACCAGAUCCCAAUGCUUGCAUAUGGUCUAGGUACAGCCAACUACAAAUCCGGUGGUGCGAACUUUGAUGAGAAGAUCGUCGACAACACGGUCCAGGCUAUCAAAGUUGGAUACCGUCACCUUGACGGCGCAGAAGUCUACGGGAAUGAGGAGGAGCUCGGCGCGGCCAUCAAGAAGGCCGGCGUACCGCGGGAGAAGCUCUUCGUCACGACCAAGUGCAGCGGAACCAAGAAGCAGGAUACCGAAGAGGCCUUUGCGCGGUCGCUGCAGAAGCUCGGUCUUGACUAUGUGGAUCUCUAUCUCAUCCAUGCCCCCUUCUUCGCCGAUUCGGACGAGGAGCUCCAGCAGAAGUGGGCAGACCUGGAGGCCAUCAAGGAGUCCGGCCGGGCCAAGUCGAUUGGCGUCAGCAACUUCCUCCAGUCCCACCUCGAGGCCAUCUUGAAGACGGCCAAGAUCCCCCCCGCCAUCAACCAGAUCGAGUUCCAUCCUCAUCUGCAGCACGGUAACCUGCUGGAUUUCCACCGCCAGAACAAGAUUGCGGUGUCGGUUUAUGCUCCCUUGACCCCCAUCACCUCGGACGUCGACUCUCCUGUCAGGACCAUCUAUGCCAACCUGUCCAAGAAGUACGGCGUGACCGAUUCCGUCAUUGGACUCCGCUGGUGCAUCGACCAGGGUCUGGUCACUAUCACGACCUCCUCCAAAGAAGAAAGGCUACAGAGUUACCUGAAUCAUCUCCCUGCCAUCAAGCUUACGCCUCGGGAGGUGAGCGAGAUCUCCAAGGCUGGUGAGACCAAGCAUGUCCGCGGAUUUUGGAAGAACAAGUUCGACCCCAAUGACAAGAGCUGA